CAAACUGAAAUCUACGAACCGCGAUCGGUUAGGUUGUGACUUAAUUAACGAGAAAUGUUCAAAACACCACGAAACUUAUCGCUUAUCUGUAUAAGAUGAAUGAGUUUAGAAGCUUUUAACAGAAGGAGGGGAAAAUGAUUUUCAGCGCGCUGGACCAAGAUUUUGUCUAUUCGAACGAAUUUGGAGGGAAAGUAGCACCUGUAGUUGCGAGUUUCGUCUCUCUGUGCACAGUUGUUGUCCUGUGUUCUUGGUGUUAUAAAUUUUGGAAAGGCAACGAGGAGAAAGCCGAGGAACUAAGUACAAGCUCCGAAAGCCUUACAAGCUCAACGCCUCUUCAAAGCAGCACUAAAUACCGAGCUACGACCAGAAAAUACCAACCAUUAAGACAACAUGAUGCUCUACCGUACGAUUCAAGCCCAGAUCUCGAUUCUCCUGUGUUGAAUCGAAAAUCGAUUAAAUUCAAAACGCCACCGAGUCAUAGCUUUGAGAUCAAGGCACCACAGCCAAAUAUAUCUGAGAUCGAACUUCCUCCCGCACCCCCUCCCCCCUUAGAAAGCUCCAAUAAAGAACAACUAGGAUGUAUAUUCUUUUCACUACACUAUAACUCUGAAGAUAUGGUAUUGACUUUGAGAAUUCAAAAAGCUGUUGGUUUACCAGCCAAGGAUUUUACUGGAACUAGUGAUCCGUUCGUCAAAAUUUUGCUCCUUCCUGAUAAAAAACACAAACUAGAGACUAGAAUCAAGAGAAAGAAUCUUAACCCAGUAUGGAAUGAAGUGUUCACCUUUGAGGGGUAUCCACAUAAUAAGCUUAUGGGGAGAACACUUUAUAUGCAAGUGUUGGAUUAUGAUCGAUUUUCAAGAAAUGACCCCAUCGGCGAGGUUGAAGUACCGCUAGGAGAAGUGGGGUUAGGAACAGUUACUUUGAAUUUGGCUAGAAAUCUGCUACCAUGCAAGAAAUCCAGGGUGCCACUGGGUGAUUUACUAGUAUCUCUGAUGUACCAACCAACUGCAAACCGCAUAGUAGUAGUCGUCAUGAAAGCUAAUAAACUCAAAGCUAUGGACCUAACCGGCUCCUCAGAUCCUUAUGUGAAGAUUCACACUAUACAUAACGAUAAGAAAAUAGACAAGAAAAAAACGUCAAUCAAAAAACGUACAAGGGAUCCAGUUUGGAAUGAAUCUUUCAUAUUUAGUGUACCGCUUGACAAGAUACGCGAUAUAUCAUUUGUAUUUUCUGUCAUGGACUACGAUCGCAUAACGCAAAAUGAACUGAUUGGCCAAGUUAUACUUGGGUAUCGAACCACUGGAAGUUCGCUUCAACAAUGGACAGAAAUGAUGAAUAAUCCACGGAAACCAAUCGCAAAGUGGCAUCGAUUACAACUCUAUUGAAAAGCAUGUUAACUAUUAAUGAACAAUACAAUUAUGUACGUGAUAGAUAUUUUCAGCUCUGUACAACAGAUGUUACCAAACUGAGUUUUCAUGCCAGAAAAACAUGUCACUCAUGCCUCCAAACAUCUAUGACUCCGCCUACAAACAUCAAGAUUUUAGUCUGCAUUCUCUUCUUCAUGUGUUGGCUUUUUUCAUAACCCCCCCCCCCCCCAAAUUAUCAACAUGUUGCCGAUGUGUGGAGAAAGGAAUGCAGACUAAAACUUUGAUGUUUAUGGUCAUAACCGUUUAGAGGAGUGAUCCUGGCAUGUUUUUCUACAGUAUAGUGAAAACCCAGUUUGGUGACAUCUGUUGUACGAGUAACAAGGAGAUGAUGAUAAAAUAUUUACAAAUAUGUGUCCCUGAAUUCGGGUUACCAUAACCCGAUUGAACCAGAAACUCCAGCUUUAAGAAUUUAAUUUGCAGCCUUUUAAAUGGUAUAUGGUGCGUAUGGUAAAGGCAAUUGGACUUUAUGACUCAGAUUCUCUGUGGGUGGGAGGACAUUUUUUUAUUUUAUCUGGGUUUUUGGCAUCUGCUGAUCAAAAAAUACUCACUCAAACCACUGAAAAUUUGUAGCAGAAAGUCUAAAAUUCAGAUGUCUUGAAUUAUAUAUUGGUUGAUUUGGGUUGUGUGUUAUGAAAGUGAGUAAAAAGACUGUUGUUAGUGAUUGAAAUGAGUCAAAAGUUGAAUUUUGAAAAAUGCCAGCAAAAUGCAAUAGACCUCUUUACUUUGGGUGUAAUGUUUUUCCAAUUCAGAUUACCUGUCAUUCGUUCACUAGAGUAUUAUUUCUUUGUUUAAUGGUUGCACAUGAUUGAAAAGGCACAUGAAUAUAGACCCCUAGCAGCACUUUAAAAUACAGCUCAAUAAUAAUAUUAAUAAUAAUAAUAAUAUGUUCUUAUAUAGCUCAAUCUGGGGAACAAAACAAUAGGUUCCAAUUGUCAGGAGAUUGGAAUCUUUUGUUUUGUCCCCCAGAUCGAGCUGCUUUGACAUCACAUGCAAGGGGUCAAUAGAUGCAACUGAAACACAGAAUCUUAUUCUCAAGAGAAUGACACAUGGUCGUCUGAAAUGGGUAAACAAUACACCUAAGGUUUAAAAGGAGCUAUUGAUUAUCCAAUGGGUUAUUAUUCCCAAAGUAUCAAUGAUCAGGUGCAAAUGUAGCCACCUCAGUAUUUAUAAUUUUAUUGAAGGGAUAAUGGUUUUUGUGUGUAAAUAAUACGAGUUAAAAACUCUUUCAGUCAUAAUGUUAAUAAAUAGUUUUGUGAUAAUGAAAGAUAUAUUAAAAUCAUACGUGGAUAAUG